AUGAAAGUUCUUCUGAGGCUUGCAUACUCGCGCGAAGUCCGAGUGCCUCGAAAGAGCCUCGAGGCCACGCAGGCCUGGAACUACGCUUUCCAGCUGGGUGAGGAUGACGCGAUCGCGUCGCUGCUUCUGGGGACCGCCUCCAUCUUCAAUCAUGCAGAGGCUCAUCGGGUCAACGUCCGCAUGUCGCGAGUGAACGGAUCGAUGAUUCGGAUCGUGACGGACCGCGCUGUGCAGAUGGGGGAAGAGCUCUUCACGACGUACGGCUCGGAGGACUGGUUCCUGGACCGCCAUAUCCAUGCCGCCCCCAUGCUGCCCAACCAGUCGGCGGAAGGCGAGAGCCACUGCAGCGUCGCUCCGCAGCUGCCUUCCCCGGCGGUCUGUGCCAGCACGACGUCGCCGGACCCUAAUGGCAGGGGCGUGCUGGCCCAGCAUUCCAUCGCUGCAGGCACAGUCCUUUCCAGCCCCAUGUUUGCCUUCGAUCCGGCUUAUGCGUCUGGUGCGUGGGACCUGCUAGCACACAGCGCCGGCCAUCCAGACCUAGACUUGCUGGUAUUGCCCUUCCUGUUUCCGGGCCUUCUCACCAGCAACACGUCUUCUCCGAACAUGGCUGCAUCA